CCUCCCCUCCAUCCCUCUCUCCACCACUGAAGGCAUGGCCACAUAUUACGGCGACAAAAGAGAGAGAGAGAGGGAGAGAGGCAGAGGGUAGAGAGACCUUGACGGAGACAGAGAGAGAGAGAGAGAGAGAGAGAGAGAGGGAAGGAAGGAAGGCGGCUGCAGACUUUCCAUCCAGAGAGGAAGAGGAGAGGAGGAGGAAGAGACGGAGGUAGAGGAGUCUCCAUCUUCGCCAUUCCCAAUCAUGACUUUGGAAGACGACGUCUGAAACUGUGUUUGGUUCAAAGACUCUUCGGCUUCGAGACCAGAACCAGAUUGAGGUGGUUCCACACUGAGCUCCGACCAGAUGGAGGCGAACGCUGCAGAUAAACGCCAUCGAACACGAUCCAAAGGAGUUCGAGCUGCUGUGGAGGCCGUGACACCGGAGUUAUUCAGCUGUCCCACCCCGGGCUGUGAUGGCAGCGGACACGUCAGCGGCAAGUACGCCCGACACCGCAGUGUCUACGGCUGCCCGCUGGCCAAGAAGAGGAAGGCUCUGGAAAAACAGCCGCUGGAGCCGGCUGCCAAGAGGAGGCCCUUUCUCACCUCCUGCCCGGGCGAGGAGGAGGAGGAGGAGGAAGCCAGUGCCUACACCAGCUACGAGAACCAAGCCAUAGAGGCAGGGGAUGUGGGGAAGGAGCAAGGGGAGGUAGCGGAGGAUGAGGAGGAGGAAGAGGAUGGGGAGAGAGAGGGAGAUGAGGAGGAGGUGGAGGAUGAGUUCUCAGAGGACAACGAGGAGCAGGGCGAUGAGGAGGAGGAGGAAGAAGAUGAGCUAGAGGUGGAGAGAGCGGUUACGACAGUAGGAGGAGAGAGGGCAGAGGAGGAGGAGGAAGAGGAGGAGGAGGAUGGGAUGGACGACGAGGAGGAGGAGGUGGAUGAUGGCGAUGAUGAGGAGGAGCAGGAGGACGAGGGAGAUGAAGAUGAGCAAGAGGACGAAGAGGAGGAGGAAGAGGAGCAUAAUCAUCAGCAGGCAGAGAACCACUAUAAACCCGGUGGACAAUCAAAGCUCCUUCCAGGCCAGAAGGACGACAACAACAACAGCUGCCCCGUCGGCGCUGGAAACAGCACCGGAGAAGAUUACGAGAACUACGACGAAUUGGUCGCGAAGUCGCUGCUCAACCUGGGCAAGAUCGCAGAAGACGCCGCCUACCAGGCCAUGACUGAGUCCGAGAUGAACAGCAAUUCCUCCAACAGUGCCGGAGAGGAUGACGAGGACGAGGAGGAUGACGUCAGCGAGCGUGGCGACAGGAAGGGCGAGCUGAGCGUGGACCUGGACAGCGACGUGGUCAGGGAGACGGUGGACUCCCUGAAGCUCCUGGCGCAGGGUCACGGCGCCAUGCUGCCCGAGGACGGCUACCCAGAGGGCAUCAUGGUGGAGGACUGCGGCCACGCUAACGGGCGUUCCGGCCACGGGGUCAGGCUUCAUGCGGACGAGAGCGAGGAGGAGGUGUGUCUCAGCAGUCUGGAGUGUCUGAGGAACCAGUGCUUCGAUCUGGCUCGGAAGCUGAGUGAGGCCCAGCCGGCGGAUCGCCCCGCCAUCCACGCCCUCCACCAACAACUCCAACACCAGACAGACACGCACAUGGUGCAUCACCAGAACAGUCAACUUUUUUAUCCCACUGUCAGGUACGAGAGCUGCCAGCAGGGGGCGCUGGACGAGCCCCGGUCCCUGGAGCGCAGCUACUCCGACAUGGUGAACCUGAUGAAGCUGGAGGAGCAGCUGAGCCCGGCGUCCAGAGGCUACCCCACCAGCUGCAGCCAGGAGGGCGACGAAGACACCACGUCCGUGGCCUCCGACCGCUCGGACGAGACCUUCGACAUGGCCAAGGGAAAUCUGUCGCUGCUGGAGAAGGCCAUCGCUAUGGAGUCAGAGAGGGCAAAGGUCAUGAGGGACCGGAUGGCCUCGGAGCACGCGCUGCCCCGGCGUGAUCACCACCACCACCACCACCACCAUCACCACGGCCACGGGGAGCACAGCUCGAGGCUGAGCAGCGGGGGAGAGGAGCGCAAGUCCAGGAUGCACCACGACGGGUUGAAGAGGGCGUACUACCCUAAAGACUCUUCCAGGGGCGAGAAGAAGGAGAGCAAGUGUCCGACGCCGGGCUGCGACGGGACAGGUCACGUGACGGGUCUGUACCCGCACCACCGCAGCCUGUCCGGAUGUCCCCACAAAGACCGAGUCCCGCCUGAGAUCCUUGCCAUGUAUGAAAAUGUUUUAAAGUGCCCCACCCCUGGCUGCUCCGGACGGGGCCAUGUCAAUAGCAACAGGAACUCGCACCGCAGUCUGUCCGGCUGUCCCAUCGCUGCGGCAGAGAAGAUGGCAAAGGUUCACGAGAAGAGUCACACGCCUGAGAGCGGCCCGAAGACCAAUCAGACGUCGGACCGUGUCCUCAGGCCGAUGUGCUUCGUCAAGCAGCUGGAGAUUCCUCAGUACGGCUUCAAGAACAACGUCCCGACCAGCACGCCGCGCUCCAACCUGGCCAAGGAGCUGGAGAAAUACUCCAAGACCAGUUACGACUACGGCGGCUACGACAGCCAGCACGGCGCCUACGGGAAGAGAGGCCCGACACCCAAGUCCCACCACGGGCGAGACACCUCCCCGAAGGGAUACGACGCGAAACGCUACUGUAAGACGUCGAGCCCGGCCAGCAGCACGACCAGCAGCUACGCACCGAGCAGCAGCAGCAGCCUGAGCUGCGGCGGAGGAGGAGGCGGAGGAGGAGGAGGUGCUGGAGGGGGCGGAGGAGGAAGCAGCGCCAGCAGCACCUGCAGCAAGAGCAGCUUCGACUACACCCACGACAUGGAGGCGGCCCACAUGGCGGCCACGGCCAUCCUCAACCUGUCCACGAGGUGCCGCGAGCUGCCGCACGUGCUGGGAGGGAAACAACAGGACCUGCUGACACAGAGUCCGGUGGAUGAUAUGGACGACAGCGGUGCAGUGGACGUGGGCGGUCAGCCCGGCGGCCCCGAGGGCAGCGGGACGGUGCUGACCCCCCUGGAGCCGAUGUCGCCCCAGCGGCAGGCGCUGCUCAGCAGCCGCUGCUACCAGCUGAGCGAGGCCGACUGCUGGGACCUGCCCGUCGACUACACCAAGAUCAAACGACUGGGAGAGGAGCAGGAUCACAAAGAGUCGGCCUUUUUCUCGUCCCUGCACCAGGGCGACGAGCUGGACCCGUUCCAGGAGCUGCUGGACGAGCAGCGCUACCCGGCCGAGGUGACCAUGCCCAGCCCCAAACACCACAAGUACCCGCCCUGCAAGGAGGGCAAGAAGGAGCUCAUCACGUUGUCGAGCUGUCAGCUGGCCGACAAGAACAUCCGCGGGAUGAUGACGCCCAACUCACAGGAGCUCAGGUGUCCGACCCCCGGUUGUGAUGGAUCUGGACACAUCACUGGAAACUACGCCUCCCACAGGAGUCUGUCAGGUUGUCCACGAGCCAAGAAGAGCGGCAUCAAAAUCGUCCACAGCAAAGAGGACAAGGACGACCAGGAGCCAAUCAAGUGUCCGGUCCCGGGCUGUGACGGACAGGGUCACGUGACGGGGAAGUACGCCUCUCACCGCAGCGCGUCAGGCUGCCCCCUGGCGGCAAAGAGGCAGAAGGACAGCUACGUCAACGGCUCGCAGUUUGUCUGGAAAUCUGGAAAGACGGACGGCAUGACCUGCCCGACCCCGGGGUGCGAUGGCUCGGGACACGUCAGCGGGAGCUUCCUGACACAUCGGAGGUGGGCUUCCCAUUUCAGUCUCUCCGGUUGUCCCCGGGCCACCUCGGCCAUGAAGAAGGCCCGGAUGAGCGGCGUGGAGAUGCUGACAAUCAAACAAAGAGCAAGCAAAGGCAUCGAAAACGAUGAAGAAAUCAAACAGCUGGAUGAAGAAAUCAAAGAUCUGAGCGAGUCCAACAAUCAAGUGGAGACAGACAUGUUAAAACUGAGGACACAAAUCACCACCAUGGAGACCAGCCUGAAGUCCAUGGAGGAGGAGAACAAGGUGAUCGAGCAGCAGAACGACUCGCUGCUGCACGAGCUCGCCAACCUCAGCCAGUCGCUCAUCAACAGCUUAGCCAACAUCCAGCUGCCGCAAAUGAGACCGCCGCCACAGAAAGAGGCGCCAGUAAAGCAUAGCUGCUGUUUACAGAUGCCUCCCAGAGAGCCAAUGAAUGAACAGAACUUUGACACUUAUGUGAGUACGCUGACAGACAUGUACACCCACCAGGACCAGUACCAGAGCCCGGAGAACAAGGCGCUGCUGGAGAACAUUAAACAGGCUGUUCAGGGCAUCCAGGUCUAACCUGACGGAGGCCAAAAUAACAAAUGCAAAGCAAAAACAACAAGAAAAAAAAGUCAAAAAAGGGGAAUGGGUUGUUUUUUGCUGCUGUAAUUUACCCCAGUUCUUUUAUUUCUUCUGCUGUUAUGCUCUCGACUCCAUGGGUAUCUCUCUUUUUUUUUUUAUUAUUUUGUUUAUUGUUGUUGCCUUGCUUUGAAAAACAACGUUUUAAACAAACAUUCACGUUUUGUACAUUUUCAUAUGACCUAAUAUAAUGUGAUGUACUGUUUAUAGCUGCUAAUGUAUGCACAUUUUAGUGUAUAUGUAUUUAUUUAUUGUAAGCUUGAAUCAUUUCUUCUUUUCAUGCGAUUUACAUACAUCGAAGAACUGGGCGUCACGGGUCAAACGGGGAGCGGAGCGGCGAGGGGGAACAAUCAUUCUAGAAAAGGCUUUUCCCACGAGCUGCAGGGCUGGCGGUCGUUUUAAUGGAUGUUAAUUCAUUGGUUUUUGUAACGGUGGAAAAGUGGACCGUAUGCACACUAACAUUACUGUAAAUCUUUAGCUAAAAAUGACGAGAAGAACCAAGAAGAUUUCAAACAUCAUGACACGGAAACUUACUGGUGCAAAUCCCCUCAUCCCCUCCGGAGUUGCUUGUUUCUUUUAUAACCGUCCUCUUCUGUCGCUUUUCUUUGUUCACGUGAAGAGCGAAGUGGGAAAAAAAAACCAAUGGCUACAGAAAACGUAGGAGACAAUCUGCCAUUCUGAAUUUAUGUUAGUCAUUAACCUUGACUAUAGCUAAUAGGACGACGUCUCAGCAAUAUUGGUAUGAUAAUAUUAAAUCGUUUGUUUAGAUAUGGGAUGCAAUCUAUAUGAAAAAAUGUUUGGGUAUAUGCAAUUUCUUAUAAAUAAAACUAGCAAAGAGCUGAUAGAUCUUUUUACUAACUAUAAAUGUAUUGCGUUUUGUAAAAACCUUUUACUACAAUCAUGUUGUAGGAAUCUGACGCGGGUGAAAGGACUUUGGUUCUGUCAUGUUCGACUUUGCACAGGGACACCUCUGUUUCCAUGUUUUGAUGUUUUUAUUGUGGAUCAAGAGGCGAAAAGGAUUUGUAGAUAUGAUUUUUCUUUCUAGAGGCUGAUGGCUGCGCUGGACUUACAGGGUCAAACGUCCCCAUCCGUAAUUGUAUAUUGUCCUCAUCCUGUAGAAGACGUCUUUCCAAUCAUGCAUCUUAUUGUCUGAGCCACAAUGGGACAUGAUGCCAGACAACAUGAUGACCAAGCAGUGUUUUUUUAUUUUUUAAAAGUUAAUCUUUGAUUUUUAUUGAAAGAUGAAUGAAAACUAGAGCCAGCAGUCGUAACGCUACUGUUUGUCUGUGCACUGAUUUUACCGACCGAGUAUUUGAUCUGAAUCGGCCUUAAGACGACAUUGAGUCUGAAAUCACGGUACUGGUGGAGUAUGUUUUCUGAACACCGUCGAUCAUGCAUGCACUUUACUGGAGUUUGUCAAAGUAUUAUCACGUGGUGAAUGAAGCAGAAACUGUACAGCGAGUUUGUGGAAACUGUGACAAGACUUUGUGCUGGAGAUUCCUGAAAGAAACCGGGAGCAAAAUUCUACGAGUUGAUUUGUUGGUGAAAGGAAAACUCCCCCUCUGGCCCCAUAGUAACCUCCUCCUGCCAGAGCACUUAUAACAUCUGGAUUCCUUAAAAGAAAAAAAACUUUUAUCAGGGUUUCUUCUUAAAUAUCAGAAACGAUCAUUUCCUGCCGUCAAAGUGGAACAUUUAUCUCUUUCUCUUCUUAUUAUAUGCAGAUUCUUUAUACAACAAGUCAACAGGGUUGUGAAGUAGGAGAAAUAAAUUUCAAAGCUUCUAGAAAAGGUUGUAAAAGUCACAAUUUCUAUUCUUUCCCUUGUUGGAGUUAAUGAACCAAAACAAAGAUGAUCCCACACUUAAAUACACCAAAUAUGUAUUUUUGUAGUUUUGGUUAAAUCUGUAUAAAUUAGCUAAUAAAUCUAAAUAAGACGCUCCAGCAGAUAAAACAUGAGACAGUGUGGAAAAAGUUGAGGUAAGAAAUAAAAGAAUCUUAAACCUGAACUCUAAAACCUGACGUUUGAUCAUUUUUAGACGACUCAAACAUCGAACUGUGAACCAGGGGGAGUUUUCCUUUAAACUUGUUGUUUUAAAGACGUUUUACUGCAAAGCCUCAUUCACUGACUUCACAUCUCUGUCCAAAGCUUUGUGUCUGCAGCUUCCUGCCAGUGAACUUCCUGCAUUAGAUAGACUGACAGCUUUUUCUUUUCAUUUGGUCAGUUAUUCUUACUGAUAACAAGAGGAAACGGGAGUUAAAGCACAAUUCUGCCACUUAAAGACAAGUCAGUAGACUAGAUAUUGUAAUAUCAGAUGUAAAAGCUAAACUGUACCUAUUUACAUAGAGAACUUCAGCACUAACAUGUAACAUGCUAGAAUGCAAAAGAAAAUCCAUAUGAAUAUUUGUGAAAUCAUCAGUUAAUUGAAAAUGUUUCUUUUCAGCCGUGCGUUGAAAAGGGGUUUUUAUACGACGUUCAUUUUUCUUUCCUUUUGCCCCUUUUUCUCUGUCACUCGCAAACUUUCAGCGACAGUUUUCUUACCACGAGGCAUGAGUUCUGUUGAUAUUUCUGCUGUAUGUUUAAGGUCACGAGUUGCUACGUGAUAUUUUAAUUUGACUUGUGAAGUUCGUACAGUUUUUAUCAUGCUGGUGUUGGCAUCUCUUGCUCUGAAUAAAUCUUGUGUUGCAACACUGA